AUGUUUGAAGCAGUUGAGGAGCUGGGCUCCGCUGGGUAUUCAGAAAAGCAGCCGAAGCGGCAUAGCGCUGGCAGUGGGGCGUCCGCUUCAAGACACGAUCUGGAUGUGAAUGAGCAGGGCACUACUUUGCGGGAAAAGCAUGAUGGCUCUGGACCUUUGCACAAUCCUUCCUUGGACCUGAAGAGAACUGCUAGCAAUGUGCUCAGCAAAGUCGCAUCGCGAAUCACCGCUCGGUCCAUUGUCAGCCCACCGCCACCCCCAGACGGAGGAGUGAAGGCAUGGACCCAAGUAGCGAUGUGCUGGCUCGUGGUUCUGAUCACCUGGGGAUGGGUCAACUCUUAUGGCGUAUUCCAGUCGUACUACUCAAUCGAGCUUAAUGCAUCGGCAUCCACGAUAUCAUGGAUCGGCAGCGUCCAGAAUUUCCUCACCUUCUUCAUCGGUGCCUUCUCUGGUCGCCUCCUCGAUGCCGGACUUUACAUCCCCACCCUCAUCGUGGGCGGCACUAUCCAGGUUCUGGGCAUCUUCUUCAUGUCCCUAUCCACAACCUAUUGGCAACUCAUGCUGACCCAAGGAAUCAUGACCGGCAUAGGUGGCGGGAUCUUCUUCACCCCAUCCAUGGGCCUUAUAGGAACAUACUUCGAUAAGAAACGAGCCAUCGCUGUUGGCAUAGCGACGACUGGAAACAGCGCAGGCGGCAUGAUCUAUCCAGUCUUUGUUCAGCAAUUACUUCCGAAGCUUGGGUUCGCGUGGGCUGUUAGAGUACUUGGAUUCUUCAACCUUGGUCUCCUCUGCAUCAUCGGUGCAUUCAUGAGACCCAUGCUGCCUCCUCGGAAGACAGGCUCGAUGAUCGACUUUUCUGGUUACAAAGAGCCACCUUAUGCUCUGUUCGUGACGGCUGUGUUCUUUGUAAUGUGGCCAAUCUACUACACAUUCUACUACCUGUCCUCCUUCGCGAAUGAGGUAAUCGGUAUAUCCUUCGCAAAUGCCCUCACCAUCACCAUCAUCCUUAACGGUGCUGGCAUGCCCUUCCGUGUCAUCCCUCCAUUCUUCGCCGAUCGAUACGGCCAGCUCAAUGUCGCAAUACCCACGCUCACCAUUCUGGCCAUCGUUGCAUUCUGCUGGAUUGCUGUGGCAAGCACGACUGGAAUCUACGUCUACGUCGUCUUUUACGGAGCAGCCAGCGGAGCCUUCCAGUGCCUCUUCCCGUCAACAAUUGCCAGUCUGACCACAGACAUGAGCAAAUUCGGAACUCGACUCGGGAUGGGCUUCGGCACUAUAUCUUUUGCAGCUCUUACUGGUCCAUCGCUUGGGGGUGCUAUCAUGGCGGCCAUGGAUGGUAGAUAUCUCGGUGCACAGCUUUGGGCUGCCCUCGCCACGACGCUCUGCACUGUUCUUGUUGUCACUACGAGGGUUAGCAAGGUCGGCUGGAAGAUGAAGGUGAAAGUAUGA